AAACGACAGUCGUUUGAGUAGUCACCGCAAAACGAAAGGGAAAAUGUCCAGGGCCAAGAUCAUAGAGAAUCCAGAAGUGCCGGGACUCGAGUGCUUUCUGCCACCGCCCCCGCCACCGCCGCCGCCGCCACCACCGCCUCCACCGCCACCGCCGCCGCCAUCGUUUUCGUCUUCGGCGAACAAAUCCUCGAACGGCAAUGCACAUCCGACAACGACGCAACAGCAACGACCGUCGACAACGAGCGAGAACGUGAUGACCGUCGCGACGGCACCGGUGGCGAUCGCGACCGAUGGGGUUUCUCCGACCCUGGGCACGUUCCCGAAUUCGGUGCCCGCCGUGCCACCGAGUCCGUACAUGCUGCAUUCGACGAUGCAACCGCAAACUCCCGGACAAACGCCAACCCCGACCCCCUGGUGGAUACCCACCGAUAACGAUACUUCGGAGCUUUAUGCUCAAUGGUACAGUCCGGCUUACAAGGGUGCAGGUGGUACCGCGCCGGUAGCGUCUCCCGCAGCGACCCCGGCCAUGGGAAAGAACAAGAGCAAGAACUUUUACAAACGCAAAAACGAGUUUAUCGAUCCGGCACAGGAUGCGGAGAAAGUGGCGAGUGCGCAGAGGGAACUGUCGGAGCUGAUGAACCCGCUCAAAUGUGAUCUGUGCAAUGCAGUCAUGAAUUCCACGUUGCAAGCGAAAUUGCACUAUGACGGCAAGCCGCAUCAGAAAAAAGUAUCGAUGUUUCUCAAUCAGAGCGUUAAAAAACAGAAAACGGAAGAUGGGCAAGUGAGCAGUACGACCAAUAACGACUGGCAAAACUACUGUGAUAUAUGCAAAACGUGGUUUACGUCGCAAACAGACGCCACGCAACACUACGCGGGCAAAAAGCACAUUAGGGCGGCAAACGGCGGGUGUCGGGCAAGACCAUCGAAGAAGCUGUCAACUCAGAAUCAGUACAAUCAGGUGGACUCGACGGGCCGCUUCGGAAUUGGAAUGGCCUUCCAGACGGACGCGCAAUCUGCCCCGGCCAUGACACCGAUUGUACCUGACGGCAUAACCGCGGUGCCUAGUCCAGCUGCGGUACCAUCCAUGUACACGCCACCACCACAUCCUACGCCGUAUCGCUGCGACUUGUGCGGAGUCUCGGCCAAUCGUCAGGAUCAGUUGGAGACGCAUAAACGCGGAGCUCGACAUUUGAGAAUGCUCAAGCUCAACGGACUCUCUGAACCCGCUGCCGAAAACGAGAACGCCUCGGAACCUAUAGAUUAUUCUAUUUAUCGGACACCAUCGGGGCAGUAUUACUGCGCACCGUGCAAUGUAUCGUUAAACACGGAGAACACGUUCGCUCAGCACAUUGAAAGCAAGAAACACAAAAAUCAGUCUAAUCCAAAGUUACCCAACGCCGUGGUAGCGGCAAAGAAAGCGAGAUUCAAGACAAAAUAAAGCCGUGACGACGAUAUUACUUUCUAACAUA